UCUAACUUGACGUUGAAGCGACGCCUCAUGGCAGCUCGUCCCGAAACUCAGACCCGUCAUAAAAGUCCGCAGAGCUCUUUGGCUCCUGUGUAACUUGAUUCUUCUUCUGCGACGUCGUAAAACGUGAGGCAGCAGAUCUUUCACAGGAUGGUGGAGGGUUGAUUCCAGGUUGAAAUGUGUCCUGAGCUGCUGCUGUGUUCCUCUAACGACCACACCCUCCCCGCUUCCUCAUACUGCAGCGGGAGCGCGCAGCACCGCUUUGAAUCCCCGGGAAUAACGGCUCCUCUUUGGGCUACCUUUCUGUUUUAUAGCCCCUUGAACCUGCUGAGACAAGUGAGUCCACUCUCCAAAGACUUCUGACUGCUUAUGGCUACAAAAAGCAAUUCAUCAGAGAGGAUAUGCGGGACUGCACAGUCUCUGGUCCCGAGUUAAGACGCCGAGGAGGAGGAGGAGGAGGAGGAGGAGGGCGGACUGAAGGACUGAAGGACGAUGCAUAUGGAGUCCAAGCGACUACAGCAAUUGCUAGCUCAUAACCCAGGGCUGUGUCUGAAAAAGAAGAGAUUGAAAGUGGAUACUGGGGCUGUUUUGUUGAAAAGUCGGCCUCUCGGUGGAUUUGUGAAACGAUGGUGCUGAAGGGGAACCCAGGUCUGCCUGCUGUCCAGGAGAGCUGCCCGGGUGCUGUCCUGUUUGUAACCAGCAUGAGUCCUACACCAGGCCGGUCCCAGUCAGUGGAAACAAGUUGGACCAGAUAUCGAUGCUGCUCCAGGCUAUUUACUCUCAUGCGAGUGGACAUAAAAUGACCUCCUAUUGACCUUUUAAAAAAAACCUACAGAAACAUGUCCUCUAGUGAAUGUUGAGGUGACCUUUUCUUACCUCUAGUUGUACAAAGACCAAAAGAGAAGAAUCAGCACAUGUCAUGAAAUGUAGCCUAGAUGAGAUCUUGUCUUAAAAAGGAAAGUAUCUUUUGACAUAACCCUCAGUCUGCACUUUGCCUUGAAGUAGGCACCUUGGUGUCACUGCAGUUUGUGUGUGAUUUCCUUUUUUUUAAAUUCACAACCUGUGAAUUAUUUUGUCACCUGAAACAGGGUUUAUAAUGCCAAUAUUGAGUUUUGGAUGAAAUGGGCAUUUAAAUUAAUUAGAGCAAAUAUCUUCUGCUGAGAAUUUCACAGUUGUUGGAUUUCAAAUUGAAACAUUGCUAAGGAUGGGGGGCAGAUAACUAGUUUUUGUCAUGAUAACAAAGUAAUAGAGAUGUUAUUCACACAAAGAAAUGCAGUUUUACUCCUUCUACAUGUUUACAUUGAGAUUCUAUGUCCUGUGUGUCAACGUAUGAUGAACAGCUGAUUGCUCUGAAGAAAUUUAAGGAAGACUGUUCGGCCAGUUGAUAGUUAAGAUUUUUUAAGUUUAUCUUGGAAACAGUACAAUGCAUUGUACAGAGGCAGAAGACUAUAAAUAACUGAAUAAGCCCCACCCCCUCCCACUCCCCUCCUUAUUAUGGCUAGUGGUGGUUCUGGCAAAUCUGCAAGUGAGGGCUCCCCCAGCACACCCUGUGGCAGCCUGCAGCAAAGGAAGCGUCUCUCCUCCGUCUGUGACAGCUGUAAGGGCAAGAUGCAGCUGGUGGCCGACCUCCUCCUGCUGUCCAGCGAGACGAGGCCGGUCAUGACCUCUGAAGGCGUGGCCGUGGCGGACACCUUCGACCAGUGCCGCGACACGGUCAUAGCGCGGACUAAAGAGCUCUCCAUCCUCACGCAUGACAUCCAGAGCCAGCUCAACAUGGGCCGCUUCAACGAGGUGGGGGACCGUCUUGUGGAGAUGGCCGACCUGGUGGUGUCUCUGACCGAGUGCUCUGCCCACGCUGCUUACCUGGCGGCCGUCGAGACCCCCGGCUCUCAGCCCUGCCUGCCCGGUCUGGUCGAUCGCUACAAGGUCACGCGUUGCCGGCACGAGGUGGAGCAGAGCUGCAGCGUCCUCCGAGUCACGGCCCUGCCCGACCUGACCCCGCAGCUCCUCCUCGAGCUGUCUCAGAACAUCUCCACCAGCCUCAAGAACCUGACCGACAUCUCAUCUCUCGCCAGCGAGCGGUCACGCGAGCGUUUCGCUAAAGAGCAGUUCAAGCUGAGCGUAAAAAGCAUGAGCACGAGCGGCACGGCGUUCCUGGCGUGUGUCAAAGAGGUGAAGAGCCAGCCCAGCGAGCUGACCAGGACCCGCUGCGUCCUCUUCAGUAACGCUCUGGUCCAGGCCGUGAGCGCCCUGGUCGGGUUUGCCACAGAGCCUCCGUUCCUGGGGAGGGCGGCGAGCGUCUCCGGUGAAGGGAAGGGGGUACAGACUGCAGUUUUAGGCGGGGCCAUGAGCGUGGUCUCAGCCUGUGUGCUACUAACUCAGGGCCUCAGGGAUGUCGCGCAGCAUCCCGAGAGCAGCUCCAAAAUGGCCGACUACCGCGAACGCCUACGUAAUUCAGCCUGUGCUGUGUCGGACGGUUGCACUCUGCUUACUCAGGCACUCAGAGAACGCUCGUCUCCAAGGACUUUGCCGCCAGUCAACUCUCAUCCUGUGAAUUAGUUUAGUCCUAUCCUGACAUACCAAAGAGACUCACCUGGGUGACCCCUGUUCAUCAGGUGUAUAGCCUGAGUGUCAUCAGAUGAACGCUGUCUGUGUCUGUUGAGCUGGUUGAAGUAAAGAAUUCAGAGGAGAACUAACAACGACCUCUGCAGGGUUUGAAUUCGCGCUGGAUGUGAAUCAACUCUUCAUCACUCUGCAGCCUGACCCGGGUUCAGCUGACGGACACAACCCUUCAAACCUAAAAAAAAAGUUUACCUCAGUUUUUCCUUUUUGGUGAAAACACCAGCCUUGAUGAUGGAUGUAGCCUUGCUGUGUGAACCUAUGAUUGGCUGACCUGCUCGAUUACAAGCGCUUGUGAGAUUUGAGUGAUCUGAGUGUCUCGAUGCUUGUUUUUUUUUUCCAACGUGUGAAUACCUAAUUUGUAAAAGCUGCUGUGAGUGUGUGCCAUAGGUUUUUACACUAUUUACCAGACUUCCCAUAGUAUUUUCAAGUGUUUUGAACAUGCAUGUAAUGGAGUAUUUAUUUCAACUAUUAAAUAUGUUGUUUCAGAUA